AGUAGAAUAGAAAAAAUAAAUGAGGGAAUUGAGGUUAUAUUAUUAUAGAUAGUUGGGGUGUUAAAACAAAAACAAAACAGAAAGAAAGGUAAUAGAUUAUUAACAUCCGCUAGUGUCCUAACGUCAAUCUAUCAGAAUUGUCCUUAAUACUCGCUCUCUCCAUUCUUUUUGGCAUUGCCUUUCUUUUCUUUCUUCCCUCCUUCCUCUCUAUCUUUUUUCCUUUUCUUCAUCCACAUUUUUUAUUCCACCAGGAGUCCCCCGCAAUAAAUCUUUCAUGUCGACGGAUAAGGGUCGGCCUUUGCCGAAAUUCGGAGAAUGGGAUGUCAACAAUCCUGCAUCUGCUGAAGGAUUUACUGUAAUAUUUAGCAAAGCCAGAGAUGAGAAAAAAUCCAAUGCAGCAGGAGGAGCAGGGGCUGCCUCACAGAGGAAUAAUAAUCUGCAUAAACCAGAUGACAAUUACCAGGAUCCAACAGCAAAGAAGUGGUUCUGCUGUUUCUGAAACUUGGGUAGCAUUGGAGAUUAUAAAGAAGACUGUGAUUUGACAAUUGUGCUAAUGAAAGUAUGAAGCUUUCGUUUCAGAUUAACAGCGGGGAACGAAUGCGGUUACAUCCUUGCUUUCCCCAAUUUCUCCAUUCAAUCUUGUUUAAAAUGAUAUGUUUCAUUUUCCCCUCAGUAUUUUCUUAUAUAUGUAAUCUAGGAAAAAGAAAAAAAAUAACUUUAAGAAAAAAAGAAGAAGAAAUUGCUGGUAAACUUAACUGUCAUUGCCCCUUUUCUAAUGUUCAUGUUAUUCUAUAGAGAAAAAAAACUGUGUUUGACCUGAUCAGCUAACUUUAUUCUGAAAGAUGAGUUAAUUCACUAA